AUGGAUGAGCUAACACCGCUUCAAAGAAGCAUUCUGAGUAAAUACGAGACGCUUGCAGAUUCACUACACAACCUCGAUGAAACUAUAAAGGAUUUGAGCAGACGCGAUGUGCCUGAAUCGCCAGAAGAGGUGCUGCGGCAACUUCGUGAGAUUGAAAUUAAGAUCGCCCUGGUGGGGACCUUACUCAAAGGAAGUGUCUAUUCCCUGGUUUUGCAGAGGCGGGGCCUGAAGCAAGGAGAGGCCUAA